AUGGACAGCCCCAGGUGGCUGCUGCUCGCCGCCGGCUGCUGGCUGCUGCUACUGCCGCCCGGGGACUGGGGGCUGGAGACCAGGGCACUCCGCGGCUUUUACCCCCAGGAGCUCCCUCCAUCCAGCGAGAAGGAGCUGCUCGGGGCUUUGCAGGAGGCUCUGGAGAAGCUGCAGAAAAAGCGGAUUCCACCCUGGGGCAAGAAACUGGGACAAGUGCCAGCGUGCGACGUGGGGGAGCUAUGCGCCGUCAGAAAAGCCUCCCGAAUUGGAAAGCUGUGCAACUGCCCCAGAGGCGCCACCUGCAACUUUUUCCUGCUGAAAUGCUUGUAA